CAGGAGGCAAAGGGUUUCAAUUUUGAAGGGUCUUUUCUCUCUCUCUCUCUCUCUCUCUCUCUCUCUCUCUAUUAUGUUUUGUUUUGUGUAUGCAUUUAAUAAGGGGAUAGCACCACUCUUUGUUAGUAAUUCUUUUGAAUGCUCUCUGCCCUUUCACUCCCCACGAGAAACCUGUCACCUGCCAUUCCAUUUUCUGGGCUUUUAAGUUUUGGAUCUGCUUCUUCAUUUCUUCACUUACUUACCAGUAACCAUACACACUGUUAUAACUUCAUUGUUCCUGCCCUUUUCUUUCUGUCCUUCAAGAUUUUGAUCAAACCUGCAAAGGGCGAGUGACUAAUAGAAAUAGAUAAAAAGAGAAAUGCCACAAGAAACCACCAAUUCAGGAAUAAUACUGACAUCUCCUUGCAAGAACUUGAGAGGAUUAAAGUCUUCGAUUUCUAACAAUGACGCUUCAUAUGCAGCAGAGGAGAUCAUCAACGACCGUGAAUUAGCUCAACGAAAAGCUGAAGAAGCUGCUUCAAGGAGGAACCAAGCAGCAGAAUGGCUAAGGCAGAUGGACAAAGGUGCUUCAGCUACCUUGCCCAAAGAACCCUCUGAGGAAGAAUUUUGCCUUGCACUAAGGAAUGGUCUCAUUCUCUGCAAUGUCCUCAAUAAAGUCAAUCCUGGUGCUGUCCUCAAGGUGGUGGAGAAUCCAAUAAUUGCAGUGCAGUCAACAGAAGCAGCAGCACAGUCUGCAAUUCAGUAUUUCGAGAACAUGAGAAACUUUUUGGUGGCUGUUAAAGACAUGAAGCUCCUGACUUUUGAAGCAUCUGAUUUGGAGAAGGGAGGUUCAUCAAGUAAAGUUGUGGACUGUAUUCUUUGUCUGAAAGGAUAUUAUGAGUGGAAGCAAGCAGGUGGCAUUGGGGUAUGGAGAUAUGGAGGGCUUGUAAAGAUUGUAUCCUUGCCAAAGGAGUCUCCACCUUCCUUGGUUGGAAGUGAAAGCACUGAUGAGUCAGUUGAUGAAUCAGAAUCAUCACAAUAUGAACAACUAUUAGACUUUCUCCAUCUUUCCAAUGAGGUUUCAAUUGAAGAAUCCAAAAUUGCAAAUGCUCUAACAUUUCUUUUUGAUCGCUUUGGACUUGGGCUCCUGCAAGCUUAUCUUAGAGAGACUAAUGGGAUUGAAGAACUGCCUUUGAAUGCAAUGGUAAUAGAUGCUUUACUCAGUAAGGUAGUUAGAGAUUUCUCUGCAUUGCUCGUUUCUCAAGGCACUCAGCUUGGAUUAUUUCUGAAGAAAAUAUUGAAGAGUGAUUUUGGUUCCUUGUCAAAGGCUGAAUUCAUAGAAGCUAUUACACAAUAUCUUAGGCAAAGAAGUAACUUGGCAUCAGAUGAUUUCUCCAAUUUUUGUGUCUGUGGUGGGAAACGAGAAGUUGUCCGGCAUACUGUUAGUCACUCUUCUGCUCGUAUAGAACUAGUUGAUCUUCAUCAGAAAGAGCUUCAGGAGCUUACAAUGUACUACAAAUCAAUGAAACGAGAAGUAAAACAAAUUCAUGCAGAUUGGGAAGAUGAGCUCAGGAGGCUUGAGCAUCACAUAAAGGGUCUUGAAGUUGCAUCCACUUGCUAUCACAAAGUUUUGGAGGAAAAUCGCCAACUUUACAAUCAAGUCCAAGACUUAAAAGGAACAAUCAGGGUCUAUUGUAGAGUGAGGCCUUUCUUGUCAGGGCAAUCAAAUUCGCAAUCUACAGUAGAUUAUAUUGGAGAGAAUGGAAAUAUCAUGAUUGUUAAUCCUCUUAAGCAUGGAAAAGAUUCAAGAAGGAUAUUUUCUUUCAAUAAAGUGUUUGGAACAAGUGUCACUCAAGACCAAAUAUAUGGAGAUACAAAACCUUUGGUUAGAUCUGUUCUAGAUGGUUAUAAUGUUUGCAUCUUUGCAUAUGGCCAAACUGGAUCAGGAAAGACAUAUACAAUGAGCGGCCCUGAUCUGACCUCAGAGGAAACAUGGGGUGUGAACUACCGAGCUCUUCGCGACUUGUUUCAGAUUUCAAAGACAAGGGCAAAUGUCAUAAAGUAUGAAGUAGGAGUUCAGAUGAUUGAAAUAUACAAUGAACAAGUCAGGGACCUAUUAGUUAGUGAUGGAUCAAACAGAAGAUUAGAUAUACGUAACAACUCUCAAAUGAAUGGACUUAAUGUACCUGAUGCAAGCUGGGUUCCAGUUUCUAGUACUCAGGAUGUGCUUGACCUGAUGAGAAUCGGUCAAAGAAAUCGCGCUGUCGGUGCAACUGCUUUAAACGAGCGAAGCAGCCGUUCACAUAGUGUUUUGACAGUUCAUAUCCAUGGAAAAGAGUUGGUUUCUGGGUCUAUCCUUAGAGGUUGCCUUCAUCUAGUGGACUUGGCUGGAAGUGAAAGAGUGGAUAAAUCUGAAGCUGUAGGUGAGAGAUUGAGAGAAGCUCAGCAUAUUAAUCGAUCUCUCUCUGCACUUGGAGAUGUGAUAGCUGCCCUUGCACAGAAGAGCGCCCAUGUUCCCUACAGAAAUAGCAAGCUUACACAAGUCUUACAGGAUUCUUUAGGUGGGCAGGCUAAAACACUGAUGUUUGUGCAUAUAAAUCCUGAAGUUAACGCUAUUGGAGAGACAAUCAGCACCCUGAAAUUUGCUGAGAGAGUUGCAUCCAUAGAACUUGGGGCAGCUCGAUCAAACAAAGAAACUGGCGAAAUUCGAGAACUUAAAGAAGAGAUAUCAAAUCUCAAAGAGAUGUUAGAGAGAAAGGAAUCCGAAUUAGAGCAAAUGAAAGCUGGAAAUGUUAGAAACAUUGCCGAAACUCAUAAACCGAGAGCUGUUUCUCCAUUCUACAUGCCAAGAUAUGGUGCCAAUUCCAGCUUCAAACCUGAACCUCAUCAACGACCAAAUGAUGAACCGAGAAGCGCUGAGGAUUUGGCUGGUGCUGGCUUUAACUUUCAGCCUAGAAGUUGUUCUUCUGGUAAGCAAAGGAGGUCAAGAUUUCCUUCAGCACUUGCAGACAAGGAAACACUGUCAAAAAUUCCUGCUGUUGAAGAGAGGUUACCAAGCUCUGCAAGGUCACCAUCUCCUCCUGUCAGGAGAUCAAUCUCCACGGAUAGAGGAGCUUCUGGUAGGAGCAGGGUCAAGGCUGACACAGUUGAAAACCACCCAGUUGCAAGAGUACCCUUUCCAGCUAGAGUGCCUGUCAAUAAAUCCAUUGCUGCAAUGCCAGUAGCCACAUCAACAGAUAACAACACAAAAGUACAAUAUACGAGUCCACAAGAAGCAGGAAAGCCGGAUAACAUCUCAGAUACACUAUUUAACCUCCAAAGAAUUAGUUAUAGGAAAAUACACCCAGAACAUGAAGAGGAGCAGUUUAGGCAGGCUCUUAAUAUACGACAAGGCGGAAUUAGAAAAACCAAAAAUGAAAGUAAGAUUAAGGCAAAGCAUCAACUGCCUGCUAAGUUUCAGAAGUAUGAUGCAGGGAUUACAAUGCUUUCUGAUAUUGACUCUGUAGAAAAGAUAGAAGAGCCUCGAAAGAGUGACUUUUCAGAGCCUGAAAAUGAGCAUUUUCUAUCUGGUUCUCCAACAAUAGGUGCUCUGAAGAUAAAGAAGAUUCAAAAGAGCUUCUCAAGGAACUCCCAAAAUCUUGAACCGAGAGGUGUUGUGCCAGCCGUGGAACCCUUAUUGGCAGGGAAACUUGAAAACAAGCUUCCCAGUAAUGCAAUCCGCAAUCCUAAGGAAGGUGGCAACACAUCUAUGCCUGAAUUCAGGAGGAGCCGGUCUACCCCUCGCGGAAAGUUUUUUAAUCUACCAUGAGAUAUGAUGGUAUAUAAAUAUAAAUAUAUAUAUAUAUAUAGAGAGAGAGAGAGAGCAAUGAAUAUAUACAUUAAUUGAUAUACUGAAAUUUUGUAUAGUGAUUCUUCUCGUUUGAUUUCUGGUUGGAAACUUCUUUCAGGGGGAAUUUCAGGAUGUCCCAUGAGGUGACUGCUUUUUUUUUUUUCUUCUUUUGUUACAUUAUAUGGACAAUUUUUUUUCAUGUAAUUUGUGUGUAAUUUAUCUUGUGCAUUUCCUAUAAAGCAUUGUAAUCACAUAUCAUAGUAAAUUAACAUUUUGUUUUCCA